ACAUUCGUCAGUAUUGUAAUUAUUACGUUUUUAGUACUAACUUAUCAUUUUCCUUUUUUUUUUUAUACUUAUGAAUAUUAUAAAUUAAGAUUAUUUCCUUAAAUCACCGAAUAAACAAUACUUAAUAAAUGUUAAAUUCUUAUUUCUGUUUUAAAAAAAACGGAUCGUAUCAAUAGUUUCACAAAUACCGAAUUGAUAAUUAUUUUAAUAUUAUGUAAUAAUUAUACGUAAUGAAUCGGUUAUAUUACUUGCCGAAAAACCAUUCAUAAUAUGCACAUUACGCACAACGCUGCGCUGCAGAGUUGAAUAUUUAUGUCGGAUUAUUGUGAUUAUUAUUAUAAUAUGUAAAUGCAAGCUCGCGUUCGUACUGUUAUUUAGUCAGUUUUCAAUGGUUAUAAUCGUAAAAAUAUUAAAAUAUUCACGAGUAAGGCACGCGUUUCAGUUUCGGCUGUAAUAAUUAUUUCGUCCAAACGGUCCUCCAGAAAACAAAUAGACAUAAAUGACGCACCCCUACCCCCAUACAUCUUACCCUAACUGCGUGCGUGUGUGCGUGCGUGCGUGUGCAAAAGGAUUUCAAAUAAAUGCCGUGCCUUUCUCGUACCAGGACCUUUGCCUCUCUACACUGCCUAGUCGACCCCCAUUCCUUCGCCUCCGCCUCCAAACGUUGUAUUUUAUCUACCGUCAGACAAUAAUUGUUAAAGCCCACACUGUUUACGUUAAUGUAUGUACACGUUUUCCGCAAGCGACGGUGUAAGGCUUUCCUCGUACACCAAAACUAGUGUGCAUCAAUUCUGAGUGUGCCAGCCACGUGUAGUACUUAACUUAAGGGUUGGUUAGGAACCCUCUAGAACCUUGGGCUUUGAAAAUUCGAUGAAAAUAACCAAAGUCCUAAUGAUGACUUGAAAACUCCAAGCGUAACCAUUUUCAAAAUUACAGCGAUAAUGACAGCAGAUUCGAAUUUAGACGAGCAGUAACGACGAACACAAUAUGUAUAGUGUUAACUUUAAAUUUAACCGCAUCAAUACAUAAUGUUAUUAUAUUUUUAGUUCAUAAUUUUUGUUCUCCUUCUAAUUAUUUUUAGCUUCAUAUUAUGUAAUCACAGAUUUGUUAAAUACUUUAAAUUUGUAUUGAAAACACACAAAGGAUUUUAUUCCUGAUUAAAUUUUCAAAAGUUUGAACUGUUCUUUUAAUUCAGACAAAUUAUGUCCGAGUUCGUUUGGAUUGGAGUUCAACGUACCCAUCGCAAAAACUUUUAGAUUUUAGUUAAUAACUUCAUAAACGUUUUUCCCGAUCGAACACGAUCUGUCGAACUUUGGUAAGCAAUGCGUGUAAUAAUAUCAGAUAUGUUCACAUGAUUUAUCAUAUAAAAAUCAUACACAUGGACCCAAAGGUUAAAAAAAAAAAUUGCCGACAAUUUGAAAAAGAUAGAAAAUAAUACCUUUAUUAGUAUGCAAAAUGGUUUUUAGAGACAUCUGAGAGUGGCUGCUCGGACCUCAACCCUCGUGAAUGGAUCGGUGGCAGGGUUGAUGAUAUUAUAAGACCCAUUAGUCCACUGGCACCGUAGCAAUUCGGAGUGUAAAAAUCGCACAAUAUGUCCUAUAGUUACAAUAAUAUUAUCCCUUAGUUACAUUUCGAUGCUGUAAUUCUCCAGUCUCAAAACACCCCGUGCGUUGGAAAAUUAAGGUACAUUACCAAACACGAACACACAGCAAUACUGUAUGAUGUAUUAUUAUUACAAUAUUGGGGUUGUUUCCCAGAGUCUACACAUCUGCGUAGUUUCGUAUAGAUUUUUUUCCAUCGCACCCCAAAUCAAUAUUCACUGCAUAUCGCGUAUCUACCUAUGUAUAUUAUUGUAAUAUACUAUACAUUAUAUUAUUAUGUGUGUUCGCCACUCGUUUGUUAUUCGUUUCACGACGACCCGGGACCUUUGCCAGCACCGAAUACCAUAAUAAUAUGAUGAAACGACUUUGAGAAGAGUAUCACUACUCGACCGCUAAGUAAUACUAUUGCCAUUAUUAAUUGGCGAUAAAUACGAGUAUUCGUAUAUUUUAAUGUAUUACUAUCAUACAGUAAAUUAUCAUCCGCGUAAAGAGCAAAACUCCACUCACAAUUAUAAAAAAAAAUACAGACCAGUUGCGUCCGUAGUAUUCGAAUAUGAAAUUUUUUCAUACACUUUCGUUUUACAUUAAAAAUAAUUAGUGUCUGGGUCACCUUCACACCACAGCAUAAAAUAAAAUGUAAUUUUUAAAUUGUAAUAUUUGGUUGAUAUAUAUGUAUACUAGAAACUUCUUUUAAAAACAACUCUUGUACUUGUUUAUUACUUAACAACGAAAAUUCCAUUGUCACAGAUACAAAAUAAUGUUUGUAAUAUUAUUGUUUGAUGUACCGUCUAAAACGAUAAGAUACUUUUGUCUUUUUCAUUCUCUUGAUCCAAUUAGACAAUAACGCUGUUUAAACAAAAAAAAAUAAAAAAAUAAAUAAAUAAUAACAUGAAAUAGUUUUCAUAACAAAUAACGAUAUACGUGUUAAACUCUUAUUAAAAAAAAAAUAAAAAAACGUGAAAUCUUUAAAUCAAUGGGUUUGAUGGAUACCGCCAGAAAUACCCUAACGCGGUUGGCGUCGUCCGCGUUAUGUAUUUUAAAUUCGCCUAUUAUUUUAAUACAAGAAUAUUAUACAAUACCUAUGUUACAAUAUAAUAAUUACAUAUUUCGUCCGUAUAAUUUACGUAUUAUAGUAAUAACGUUUCACCGCUCGUUGGCCUUUUCAAAAAUCCCAAAUACGCCACCGGUAUGCAGCUACAGAGCGUAUAAUAUUAUAAUAUUAUACGGUUGGUUGCAGAAUUUUCGUCGGAUUCCCCGCAGUCUACCAUUUUUGCAGAAAUAUUUUUAUUAUUUAUUAAUAAUGCUCUAACCUAACCUGCACAUUGAAACGAAAUAAUAAUAAUCGUGUGUUACCUACAUAUAGAAUAUUAUAAACAUAAAAACGAAUAUCAUAUACGCCGUUCAAAUAUUAUGUGUUAUAUUAUAUGUGUGUUACGUGUUGUACCUAUUUAUAUCAUAAUAUAUUAUAAUAUUAAAUAUUAUUGUUUUUGUGUCAUUGUCGUUGCAUUGUAAUAUGAAACGCAACGAUUUUCUAGUGUCUGCUAAAAAAUUAACAGAAGUUAUUAUUUGUUUUAAAUAUGUACCAACCCAGAUCUGCCAGAAGGUAUGUUGGCUUUAAGACCAAGCAGAGACACCGUUAUGGCUGCUGAUGCAAAUAGCUCCGAUCAAGAACGAGAGGGAUCUCGUCGUGUUGUUCCUGCUCACGUUCAGGGACAUCACGGCACUGAAACAACCCAUCGAGUCGGAAGACUCCAAAGGCGGAGAUCUGUUAGCAGGCCUAAGCAAGUUCGCCAAGCUGGCCCGGUCCGUGACCAGGAGCAAGACGCUGGUGUCGCAGUUCUCGUCGCAUCCCGUUUCCAUCAAGGACUCUACCAGGCAUGUCCAGUCCCAUUUAGCGCACAUGAUGAGCCUGAACGCGGACGUAAUGCCCCAGUACAGGCAAGAGGCGCCGAAGACGCCGCCGCACAUCCUGCUGCACUACUGCGCGUUCAAGGCCAUCUGGGACUGGGUCAUCCUGUGCCUGACCUUCUACACGGCCAUCAUGGUGCCGUACAACGUGGCGUUCAAGAACAAGACCAGCGAGGACGUGUCCCUGCUGGUGGUCGACUCCAUCGUCGACGUGAUAUUCUUCAUCGACAUCGUGCUCAACUUCCACACCACGUUCGUCGGGCCCGGCGGCGAGGUCGUGUCCGACCCGAAGGUGAUCCGGAUGAACUACCUCCGGUCGUGGUUCGUCAUCGACCUGCUGUCCUGCCUGCCGUACGACGUGUUCAACGCAUUCGACCACGACGAAGAGGGUAUCGGAAGCUUGUUCAGUGCUUUGAAGGUUGUCCGGUUAUUGCGACUGGGCAGGGUCGUUCGAAAACUGGACAGGUAUUUGGAAUACGGAGCUGCAAUGUUGAUACUGCUGCUGUGCUUUUACAUGCUAGUGGCGCAUUGGCUGGCCUGCAUUUGGUAUUCCAUAGGACGGUCCGACGCCGAAAACGGAUACCAAUACUCGUGGCUAUGGAAGCUGGCGAACAUCACGCAGUAUCCGUACUCGUACAUAAUGACGGAACAUGCCAACUCCACCGAGCUAGUGCACGGGCCACCGCGAAAGACCAUGUACGUGACCGCACUGUACUUCACCAUGUCGUGCAUGACCAGCGUCGGUUUCGGGAAUGUCGCCUCGGAGACCGACAACGAGAAAAUUUUCACCAUUUGCAUGAUGGUCAUUGCGUCGCUGUUGUACGCCACGAUUUUCGGUCACGUCACCACCAUCAUACAGCAAAUGACUUCGGCAACGGCUAAGUACCACGACAUGUUAAACAAUGUCAGAGAAUUCAUGAAGUUGCACGAAGUGCCGAAAGCGCUGUCCGAGAGGGUCAUGGACUACGUGGUGUCCACGUGGGCAAUGACCCGGGGCUUGGACACGGAUAAAGUAUUGAAUUAUUGUCCGAAAGACAUGAAAGCGGACAUAUGUGUUCAUCUAAACCGAAAAGUGUUCAACGAGCAUCCGGCGUUCCGGUUGGCCAGCGACGGGUGCUUACGCGCCCUGGCCAUGCACUUUACGAUGAGCCACUCGGCACCCGGUGACCUGCUCUUCCACACCGGCGAGUCCAUCGACUCCCUGUGCUUCAUCGUAACCGGUUCCCUAGAAGUCAUCCAAGACGACGAAGUGGUCGCCAUUUUAGGUAAGGGUGACGUUUUUGGUGAUUCGUUUUGGAAAGACACGGCGCUAGGACAAUCCGCAGCCAACGUCCGUGCCCUGACCUACUGUGACUUGCACACUAUCAAGCGUGACCGGUUGCUGGAAGUAUUGGAUUUCUAUCAGGCGUUUGCGAACUCAUUUUCACGGAAUCUCAUACUGACUUACAACCUCAGGCAUAGGUUAAUAUUCCGGAAAGUGGCGGACGUGCGCCGGGAAAAGGAGUUGGCCGAAAAGCGGAAAAACGAACCGCAGCUGGAUGAACAACGGGACCAACUGGUCAGGAAGAUAUUUACCAAGUUCCGGAAGGACCGAGCUCCCAGUACGGUCCUCGGGAUGCAACAGGGUGCGGCGGCCGCGUCGGGAGCGGCUGCAACAGUGGCGGGUUCCGACGAGGGCAAGUCUGAGGGUGGCACUGGUGACGCUUCGGACGGUGUCGGCGGUGCUCGUCCGAAAGUCCUGCCACUCGUGCUCAGGCAGCAGAGCGAAGACCCGCAACAGGCGUCUUGUUCGUCGACGGGCCUGAGAACAGUGGCGGCGCCCAAAAAAGUGUCGAAAUGGGGUAAAGUUUUGGGCGGUGGUGGGAGUUCCGACUCGGCGGACGUGUCGGUGGUGAGUGCGCAGAGCGCGCCUGCCAAGAUCCGUGACUCGCCGGGCCGGUCGGUCGGAAACGGUCACAAGGUGUUCCCGAAGCUGCAAAAAGUGCCGACCACCGCUACCGAGCCGUUUGCUGGCGUGGGCGGAAGCCAGCGACAGGAAACGAUCGACGAGACGGACGAACGGACCGGUGUCGGUGGCAGCGGCGGCGGUGGUGGUGGGGGUGGUGCACCGGUACCGGAAGAAGAACCCCCAGCACCGGCACACCAGUACCAGGUGACAACUGCGGAUGCGCCGUCGCCGCCACCGCCACCGUGUGCCGCGAUGGUUCUGCCACCGCCACCCGAUCUGGACGUACUGGCCAAGAUCGAGGACCUCCGGUCCGAUCUCCGCGACGAGGUGCGGUCCAUCAACCAGCGACUGACGGCCAUCGAGGACAUGAUGGUCCGGAUAGUCGGGAAGCUGGACGCGCUGGCCGCCGCCUCACCUGCCCCAUCACCGUCGCCUGUCGCGUCGCUGCGGCCGCCGGACACGCCGGAAGCAGGACGCCGGCCUGGGUGCAGGACCAAGAGCACGGACGACCUUAGCUCGCCGGCCACGCCCAAACUCCCGCCGAUGGUCCGGCGGCGGCGGAGCAAGUCCCGGACGCGGUCCUCGUCGUCCGCCCUGCCGCCCAUGCGUCCGUUCAGCCCCAGGGACACGUCGCCGCCGCCGUUUCCCCGGACUGAUUCGCUCAAAAAGCCGUGCCCGCCCCGGCCCAACGACUUCCUGUAAGCACGCUGCACAGGCGGAACACUACUGAUCACUGCAAAAAUACUAUUAUCGCCAUCACAAUAAUUAUUUUACUAUUAUAUGCGAUAACGAUAUUAUUAUUAUUAUUAUUAUUAUUAUUAUUACUUUAAAUCGAUUACGUUUGUACAAUGAUGAUAAGAAUAUAAAUAUAUAUAAUACUAUAUUAUUACAUUAUAGUGUUUUAAAAUCGUGUACGACGUAAGGUGUUUUUUUUUUUGUUUUUGUAAUUUAUUGUUAUGCGUGUGUUUUUUUUUUUUUUUUGAUAAAUUGUUCUCGUUUUAUUGUACGUACACGGAUAACUGGUUAAUAAUAAUUAAAUGAUAAUAACAAAACGAAAAAUAAACUUUCACGGGGAAGAGAGCUGGGUACCGAAAGUCUCGAUGGGAAGCGCAGGAUCAACUAUUACCUAAAUAGUAAUCGCCUAAAAUACGAACAAAUUUCGUACGAUCGAACGAUAUUUUAUGGUCUGUGUGACAUCGUCGAUUACACGUCUGUCACAUUUUUGUUUCGGGUGAACAGCGUUUACUAUAAUAAUAUUACUAUCGAGGUACCCUUUCGAAUAUCUUUUUUUUUCACCAUAUAAGAAUAUUAUAAUCCCGUGACCGUUAUCUCUCCUCCUCGAAGUCCCCCAUGAUGUCAUAGCAGCUUUAGUCCCGUAAGAGAAAUGUUGACUAAACUAAAACGGAGAAAACGACCGUUUACGAUAUCGCGACAUCAUUAUCCCACACCCGGUCAGUUAAUUUUCUAAAUUACCAUAUUAAAAUGUAUUAAAAAGAGAUAAAAAUAAUAUUUUUUCAUUUUAUUUUUCGACCACAGUGUUCCCAUAACGGUUUGGACAACUACUGUUUCUAUAGGUUCGAUCAAAAUUUCUUUGUAAUAAAACAUAUUUUCGAUCAAUAUUAAGAGUACUACAUUCACUAACGAUAAUAUUUGAUCAAUUGUGAAUCUCGACUAAUCUCGGACUAGAGCCGUAAGGGACUUUUGUUUUUGAAUGUGGUGCAUUACAAUUAUUUUAUUUUACUUAAUUUUAUUACGAUAACAAAAUAUUAUAACCUUUUACCAUAUGUCUACUACCAUAUAAUUUAAUUUAACGACUUUUAUCUUAAUUUAGUGCCUUCUUCAGUAUAAGAUCAGAUAAUAUUAUACAAAUAUUUUAUAAGUAAUUUGAUAAACUUCUGGACUAAGGUAUCGUAAUGUCGGUAAUAUUAUAUAUAACGAAAUAAAUUACGUUUGAUUGUGUAGCUUAAAAUUUCAAAUUCAAUAGUGAACGUCAUAUACCGAGUUUCUAUUUUCAAUAAUAUUUAAAAAAGUGUGAGUUAUUUAUAAAUGUUUCGUUAAAGCUGAAAACCAACUUGUUGAUAAAUGCAUCAUAAUAAUAUGUACAAUUAUAUUAUGUUGUAGUCAUGUAAACCAAAACUCUCUACAAUGCACAAUGUUUGAAAAUCUAAUAAAAAAUGUUCACAAUAAAAUAAUAUUCCACUGAAACAAAAAUAAUAACCAAUCGCUCGCAAUGUCUUUUCUGUUUUCACUACAAACCAUGCAAUCGGCGUAAAAAUUUCAAAUGCAUUAUUAAUAAUAACCAAUUUUUUGCGUUGUCUUGUACCGAAAUCUCAAACAAAAUAUUGUUACGAUUUUUUUGUUUUUCGCGCUCAGACUAUCUAACGGGAAGUAUAAUAUAUUGUUUUGCGGCGUACUAAUUAAAAAUUUACGACGUUUCGCGAUUGGCGUUCCGCGCCGAAAGACGGUCUCGUUCGUAUAAAUUGAAAACGAAAAUAAUAAUAAUAUACAGUAAUAUUGUGUUUCUAACUACAGUCACAAUAGCUGUGCACUGAGAUUGGUGAUGAACCACCUAGGUACCCUCAGAUACACUGCUAAUGGACUAUAAUAUUGAUUAUUACAUUGUGGGCUGUGCAAAUUUUGGUCUGUUAUACGCACCGAAUUUUUUAGAGGUAAAAUAACAUUAAUUCACAGAAUCACUGUCGUGUAGGGAUAAUCUGAAAAAGUGCCUUCCGCAUUUAUCCCGUCGCGGGUAAAAAUGAAAAAAAAAAAAUGAAACAAACAAUUACAUAAUAAUAAUAUAUUCUAAUUUAUACCUAUAUAGUAGGUGGUGUAUAAUAAUAAUAAUAAUAAUAAUUGAUAAAUUAAUUUUAGAAGUACAAAAACCAUGUUUUCUUUAAGACUUUUGUGACUUGCAUAUACCUUACAAUUUUGUAGGGUUUUAUUAAUAUUUUAAUUGUUUAUAUUUUGAACAUAAUUUUCUAUCGAUUUUUGGCACAAAAAAUUCUUUCAUCUAUAAAAUGUGACUUUUUAUUAUUAAUACAACAAUAAUUAUUGUAAACCAUUUUCUUAUAGGUAAAUUCAACGCACGUGUAACAUUUUAAUAAUGCACUUUUAUUUUAGUAAAAAAGAUUUUAAAAAAAUCAAAAAAAAAAAAAAAAUUAAAAACUAUAAAUUUACAAAUGUUUUUAAAAUUUUAUUUGAACAUUGCCUUUUGUUGUUGUUGUUAUUGUUGUUUUGUCUUCUUUCUUUCUUUCUUUCUUUAUUUUUUUUUAUAUAAGCAAUAAGUUAAGUUUGAUAAUAUCGACACGUCAUUUAACAUUUUGUUCUUCUCGAUUCAUAUUGUUUAUUUAUUUCGCGUAUAGACUAUUAUACUUGAUUUGUUUACAGAUAUUGUCACUUGUACGAAUAACACUGUGCAGUUCACAUGAUUAAUAUGUAUAUAAUAAUAUAGUACCGUCAGAAUUGUAGUUUUUUUGUUAUUAUUAUUAUUUAUUGAUUAUUUAUUGGUCUUCAAAAAAAAAAAAAAUUCUACAACUUCAUAAUAUAAUAUAGCUCAAAAUAAAAUUUGUAUUUAUUAUUCUUUUUUCGGUUUAAUUAUCAAUACGGUCACUAUAUAUAUUUUAUACACAUAGUUUUUUUUUUUUUAAUUUUUUUUUUACAUUCCUGCACCACGUCGUGCUCAAGUUUAGAUGGUUAAUUUCUAUUCCAAAUCGAAUAUCGCUGCCUUUUACUGGAGUGUUUUGUUAUAUUAUUAUUGUGAUAUUGAUAACGAUAAUUAUAAUGUUGUAGACUGUUUUUUUUCUUGUUUAUGUUUAAAAAGAUAUUUUGUGACUUCCACAUGAUGUAUGAUAUUAUUAUAGUAAUAUUAUGUU